AUGAAGUUCUUCACCACAGCAACCCUCCUCCUGCUCGUUCCCCUCAGUACUGCAAGAGCACUCCAAAGAGACUCGAUUCCCAUCACAGCAAGAGAUUUGUCGACGAAAUCAGACGAGAUGUUAAAUCGUGAUGGCCUGCCACAUGAAAUCACGAAGAGACAGGGCUUUGCUCAAGCCCUCGUCAAUGCACUUCCAGAUAUCCUCAAGACCUUGGGUCUCCGUGGUGUCGCACAGGACAGCACGAACCCAUCGAUCGGGAAAAGAUCUCAACAAAGCUCGAUUUCCGACGAGGACAACGAAGCUCUCCAAACUUUCAUUCAAGAGUUACUUGGAAGUCUCGGAACGGUGCAAUCAGACGGCAACUUGAUAAAUGGUAGAGGCCAAACACAAGCUAUUGCAAAGAGACAGGGCUUUGCUCAAGCCAUCGUCGACGCACUUCCAGCUAUUCUGAAGAACUUAGGUCUCCGUGAUAUCUCACAAGACAGUCUCAACUCAUCUUUCGAGAAAAGAGAUCCAACACUACAAACUUCGGAUGACGACGCUUCGACGCAAGGGAUAGCAAAGCGACAAGGCCUUACUCAAGCUAUCGCCAAUGCGCUUCCCGAUAUUCUUAAGACCCUGGGUCUCCGCGAUCUCUCACAAACAAGUCUCAACUCAUCGUUCGACAACUGA